AUGCCCUUCAUCUUGGGAAAUGAAAUGUGUGACAAGUUUGCUGGCGCUGGGUUCCAGGCGAACAUGAUAACGUACCUGACCAAAGUCCUCAACUUGCCGAUGGUGAAAGCCUCCAACACCCUCACCAACUUCGCCGGCACCUCCGGCUUCACCCCGAUCCUCGGCGCUCUCGUCGCCGAUUCUUUCGCCGGCCGAUACUGGACCAUCAUCGUCGGUUCCAUCAUCUACGAGCUGGGGAUGAUCAGCAUCACUCUCUCCGCACUCCUUCCAUCCCUCCGCCCGCCGCCAUGCUCGCCGUCGCACUGCCAGGAAGCCUCCUCCCGCCAGCUGUGGAUCCUCUACGCCGCCCUAAUCCUCACCUCCCUCGGCACCGGCGGGAUCCGCCCCUGCGUCGUCACAUUCGCCGCCGACCAGCUCGACAUGACCAAGUCCGGCGUCGCGUCCCGCCGCUGGAACUUCUUCAACUGGUACUUCUUCAGCAUGGGGGUCGCCACCGUGACGGCGCUGACGACGGUGGUGUACAUCCAGGACAACGUCGGCUGGGGAUGGGGGCUCGGGAUCCCGACCGCCGCCAUGGCGGUUUCCGUCGUGGCGUUCGUUUUGGGCUCGCCGCUUUACAGGAAACUGAAGCCCGGCGGGAGCCCGUUUGUGCGGCUGGCGCAGGUCGUGGUGGCGGCGUGGAGGAAGAGGACGGCGGUGGCGCCGGCGGAGCAUGGGGAGUUGUAUCGGAAUAAGGAGCUCGAUGCGGAUAUUUCGUUGAAUGGACGGCUGCUGCAUACUGAUCAGUUCAGAGCUGCAAUCAUAGUAGCAACAGACGGCCACGACGGCGAGUCGCUGAUCACCGCCACCUCAACCACCACCAAACCCAACCUAUGGCGGAUCGCCACCGUCCACCGGGUGGAAGAGCUGAAAUCCAUCCUCCGGAUGCUACCGAUAUGGGCCGCCGGGAUCCUCCACUUCGCCGCCUCCUCCCACCUCCAGAGCUUCGUCAUCCUCCAAGCCUUCUCCAUGAACCGCCACCUCUCCUCCACCUCCACCUUCCAAAUCCCGCCGGCCUCCCUCUCCGUCGUCGGCGUCAUCACCACCACCUCCGGCCUCGUCCUCUACGACCGCCUCCUCGUCCCCCUUCUCCGCCGCGUCACGGGAAACCCCACGGGCAUCACGUGUCUCCAGCGGAUGGGCGUCGGCUUCCUCAUAAACAUCGUCGCCACCGCCGUCUCCGCUCUCGUCGAGGUCAGGAGGAAGGAGGCCGCCGCUCGCCACGGGUUGCUCGACGCGCCGGAGGCCGUGAUUCCGAUCAGCGUGUUCUGGCUGGUGCCGCAGUACGUCCUCCACGGGGUGGCCGACGUGUUCAUGACGGUGGGGCACGUCGAGUUUUUGUACGACCAGUGUCCGGAGAGCAUGAGGAGCACGGCGGCGGCGCUGUCGUCGCUGACGGGGUCGUUCGGGAGCUAUAUCGGGACGGGGAUGGUGUCGUUGGUGCAUGAGUAUACGGGGAAGGAGGGGAACUGGCUGCCGGAUCGGAACUUGAAUCGGGGGAAGUUGGAUUGCUAUUACUGGCUGGUGACGGUGGUUCAAGUGGUGAACUUUGUGUACUAUGCGGUGGUUGCGUGGUUUUAUGUUUACAAGCCGGUGGAGGAGAUGGUUGAUGAUGGUAAUGAUGUGGAGGGCGACGGCGGGGGAGAUGUUGGCGGCGGAAGGGUUCAUCGUAGUUAUAGUAAUAAUGACACGGUGUGA